AUGAGUAGGAAGGACGGGGAAUGUAGCCUGACGGGCGAGAGUAUGCUUGUCCAGAGAGACAUCCAUCCCUGCCAGUACGGUCCCGACCUCGACGGCAUCAUUUAUGUCCACCUACUGAUCAUCAUGUCGGGUCCCGUCGCCAAAAGGCCUCUUCGUGGUCUUCAUGGCGAUCCUGUCGGCGCUUGCUUAAGUUCACCCCCAUACACCCUGCCACGCACCCGUCGAUGCCCGGUGUCUAGGUCAGCCUGCCCAUCCCUCUGCCGCAAGAACACCCAGGGCGCGUAUGUCGAACGUGCGCCGUACCUACGCCGUGCCGGUCGACCUGCUAUCCCUCUAGAUCGCGAGGCCGCCGGCCGUGGGCUCCUUCAUCGACGCCGAGUAGGUCCGCAUCUUGAAUGA